CGAGAGUUACUUGACAAUAUAACGCUGCGUAAAAUUAAGGAAACGCUAGGAACUCUAAAACAGCAAUACAAGGAAUUAAGCGAGAAACUGAAAAAUAUGGAUUACAAGGAGAUGAUGAAGAAAUGGGACCAACUAGAGGACGACAAGCAAGUAUUGCUUCGGCAAAGAAAUGUAGCGAUGGGACAGCAGGAAGAGUUGGAGAGAGUACUCAAGCAGUGCACGCAAGAAUUACGGAAAGAGGAGUAUCGAUUAGCCCGCCGGAAUUACACUAACAAGUGUAUUGAAUUAACGGUUCAAGAAGACGCUAUAAAAAAUUUGCAAGCUUACAACAAAAUAUUGGAUGUCGCAAUGAUCGAGUACCACGAGGAACGUAUGGCGACGGUCAACAAAAUAAUGAAAAAGCUGUGGAAACAUGUUUAUAAGGGUACAGAUACAACCAGUAUAGAGAUCUGCACGGAACCUACGAAUAUGAAUACCACCAAAAGAAGCUACAACUACAAAUUGAUGCAAACUAAGCACGGCUGUAAAAUGGAUAUGAGAGGACGUUGCAGUGCUGGACAAAAGGUAUUGGCAUCGAUAAUCAUAAGACUCGCCUUGGCAGAAACGUUCUGCAAGAACUGCGGAAUUCUCGCGUUGGACGAACCAACGACAAAUCUGGAUGAAGAAAACGCAAAUAGCCUAGCGGAUAUGCUAACCAAAGUGGUUGAGUUACGAUCGAGACAUCAAAAGAAUUUCCAGCUGAUUAUAAUCAGCCACGAUGAAAAGUUCCUGCAGAAACUGGCCAAUUUGAAUAAUAACAAGAAAUUCCACGAGCUUUACCGUAAACACAACGGAAUGACCUCAGUAAAGCUGUCUACCUUCAACGACCCUACGAGUUCUCUGUUACAUGUGAAGAGUGAGGAUGAAUCUGAGGAAGAAGAAGAGCGAUUGAAUCAAUUUGGCGCGUCGACCAGCGGUUUAUCUAGAGGUACAGCUAAAAGAUACAAUAACCUAAGUGAUGAAGAUAACAGGCCACCAGCUAAAAAGAAGUAUUGUUUCACCGAGUAAUAUACGAUAAGCAUUUUUUGCCUCGAAAUAGAUAUUUCUGUAUACAUA